UGUUAUUAUUGUAACCAAGGAAUAAAGUUCUAAAUUGACCAAAUAAACUUAUUCAAAUGGGGAAAAGAGAUUUGAAUUCCUAUCUUUUGUCAUACUAUCAUAUUGCUUAAGUAAGGCAUAUUAAUCCAAUAGAUCCUUAUUGUUGUAAUGAUUCACACAUGUAUUAGUCACAUUAAUUGUUGUUCAGUUGUUUAAAUCAUGACCAACUCCUCAUGACUCCAUUUGAGAUUUUCUUGGCAAAGUUGGCCAUUUUUUUCUCCAGUUAACUUGACAGAUGAUGAAACAGAGGCAAGCAAAAUGGAGUAACUUACCCAGCAUCAUAAAGCUAGGAAGUGUUUAAGGCCAGAUUUGAACUCACAAAGACGAAUAUUUCUGACUCCAGACCUGGUACUCUAUAUACUACACUGCCUAGCUGCCUUAAUUGCAUUAAUUGUUGUGAAUUGAUGUGGGUAAGCUAAGGUAACAGAGAUUCUAUCAUGCUUUUGCAGUUAAAAAGUAUAGAAGUCUCGCAAUAUUAGGAGUAGACCCAGACUUUAAGAAUGAAGACGUUUUAAAAAUAUGAGGAACCUCCCUCCCCGGCCUCAAAUCCUCCCUCCCCGGCCUCAAAUAGCGAAGUGCACUUGCCAGUGCAGCCUAACACACACACGCGCACUCACACAGACACACGCGCAUACACACGCACUCACGGUUGCACACGCAGCAGAAGCAGCAGCAGCAAGCAAGCAGCAGCAGUGGCCGCCUCCACCAGACAUGGCACUGGGCUCUACCUCAUUAUGGCAGUGGCGUGACAACACCCUCGACUUCCAGCUCUGUGCUAAAGCUGAUGGAGAUGCCAUUCUUAAAGGUCUACAGUCUGUUUUUGAAGAGCAGGCAAUGACAGAAACAAUUCACACUUGGGAAGAUCACGGAUAUUUAGCAACCUACAUUAAUAAAAAUGGCAGUUUUGCCAGUCUAAGAAUUUACCCACAUGGAUUGGUGUUGAUGGAUGUACAGAGUUACAACAAUGAUUUGAAAGGAAAAGAAGAAAUUGGCAAUCUACUAAACAAACUAGAAGAAAGAAUGAAAGAACUAUGUCAGGGCAAUAUUGGAAGGUUAAAACGAUUGCCGGCUCUUGUACGAGGAGGCAAGAUCGAUAAGUAUUGGCCUACAGCUGAUGGAUGCCUGGUGGAAUAUUACAUAGAUGAAGUUGUAUAUGAUGAAGAUUCACCUUAUCAGAACAUUAAAAUUCUGCAUUUGAAGCAGUUUGGAAAUAUCCUUAUCCUCAGUGGGGAUGUCAAUUUGGCAGAUGAUUUGGCUUAUACACAAGCCAUAAUGGGCAGUGGGAAGGAAGAUUACACUGACAAAGAAUUGCUGAUUCUGGGCAGUGGAGAUGGGGGUAUAUUAUAUGAAAUAGUCAAAUUGAAACCAAAGAUGGUCACUAUGGUAGAGAUUGACCAAAUGGUGAUUGACAGGUGUAAGAAAUACAUGUGUAAAACAUGUGGAGAUGUCUUAGACAAUCUUAAAGGAGAGCGCUAUCAGGUUCUAAUAGAAGACUGUAUUCCAGUACUGAAGAGGUAUGCCAAAGAAGGGAGAAUGUUUGAUUAUGUGAUUAAUGAUCUGAUAACUGUUCCAAUCUCCACAUCUCCAGAAGAAGAUUCCAUGUGGGAAUUUCUCAGACUGAUCCUUGACCUUUCAAUGAAAGUAUUGAAACAUGAUGGAAAAUACUUUACACAGGGGAACUGUAUCAAUUUGACUGAAGCCUUGACUUUCUACAAAGAACAACUUAGCCGGCUUUAUUGUCCUGUGGAAUUCUCAAAGGAAAUUGUAUGUGUUCCCUCAUACAUGGAAUUGCGGGUAUUUUACACUGUUUGGAUGAAAACUGAAUUUUGAAUAUUACUCUUGCCUGCAUAUUGCCAUCUUGAACCUUUUAAAUUAUAUGCUCUAGAUGAUUCUGAAAUUAGUUAUUCUAUUGAUUGUGAAUUCCUUAAAAGUUUUUUUGUUAUUAUUUUAAUUUAAAAAGCAAAUGGAAAAUGUAUAUUUUGAUGAGCUCUAGGGUGUUAUUUUUUGAAAGUCAACUUAAAGAUGAAUUGGCAGCACUGCUGCUGAAUGCACUGAACCUUUUAGAAUGUGAUCUUUGUAUUUCUCUGUUAAUGUAGGCUUUUGUGGUAGAGCUUCAUUAGUGUGGUGUGUGGGUGGAUGGAUGGGUGAAUAUGGAUGUAUGUAUGGAAGAGAGAGGAAAAGAAUGGGUAGUAUGGGGAAUGUAUGGAGUAUCUUUUUUUUUCUUUAAAUUUCAUUCCUAAGGGAACCAGAAAAAAAGAUUUUUUUUUCCUUUUCCAAAAGUUGAUUCUGUUUUAGAGAUUGGGUUAAAGGAGACUUUAAGGAGAAUAACAGUACUUUCAUUAUAAACAUCUUUUUGUGUGUUUUUUAAAAAUCUACUCUUUAAUACUCUGGUCCCGUAAAACAAAUUUUUCUUUUCUUGGUGUAGUUCUUUUUUUUUUUAAUGUAUGUAUUUAUGUAUGCAUACAUAUAGUUCCAUUAACCAAUUUCUACAAUAGAUAAUCUUUCCCUUCCUUCCUCUUUGGCUCCCUCCUUUCUCCCCUAUCCCACUACAUGUGCAAAUUUUUCUUGUGAAUCUGGAACCUGAACUGAAGCUAGUAAAGGUACUGUUGUUACUAUCAGAUUGAAAGUCAAAACAUGCUCCCUUAUCCACUCUGAUGUGAGAUGUUGAAAUGAGGCUUUCUUUGGAUAUCCAUCCCGGAAGUUGACAGGAGUAUAUUUGUUACAGAAUCUAAAUAAGUUCAAUAUGUACAGAAGAGAACCGAAUAGCCAAAAACUCUUUUACAAUUCUCACAUUGUUAAGGGAAGUGUAAAAAAUAGACUCGAAUACAGGACUACAAUCCCCACGAGCCUUUGCUCCACUUCCCCAGAAUGCCUUGUAAUCUCACCUAGGCCGAGAUCGAGAAGGUAUUUAAGCUGAUUCAAAGGCUUUUGAGGGGGCUUUCUUGGCUCUUUUUGGACUUCCGUUUUGGAGCAGGCGCGUCUCUUGCAUGAUGUGAGGUUAUUUUGUCUAGGCCUCUGGCCUAGGCACAUGUUUCUUACUUGUACAUUCUUUAAUCUUUAACCUUUAAUAAACCUCUAAAAAUAUAAUACUUCUUGCAGAGAGAAACUAAUUUCUACCUGCCUCAGAUGCCUCAGUCUUCCCAUAUUCCCUAAAUUUUAAUCUUUACAGAAGGUGUGGAUAUGUAUCAGCUUUCCAAGUUCAGCAUUUCACAGAGGCCACACAAAUCUGAUCAUUGAGAUUGUAUGUAUUUCCAAGUUAAGAUUUGAGAUUUCAAAGUUAAGAUCUCCUCCCUUGGACUUUUCUACCUAUAUCUUUGUGAAAAGUUUAUUGAGUUUGCUAACUGGGUCAUUUCAUGUAUGGUAACUGUUAUAAGCUAACCAUUUGCUGUAAAUGAGAUUCUGUAUGACUUCUAUGGAGGAAAAAAAGAAUUUUUUUAAUAAUGCUUAUGGGAGAAUUUUUUUGAAGAAGAAGAAACGAUUUCCUUAAAAACUGAAGUGUUUUAUUUAACUACUUGGUUUAUUGGAGUGGGAGGGAAGAGAAGAGAUAUUAAUGGUUCCUCUUAUUAAGUAUAUAGGAUAAAACAGGAUGUUGUAUCUGGACCUGUCUUUUAACCAAGAAAUAGUUUUGUUGUAUUACACAUGUAGUAAAAUUUGUCUUGGACAGCCUUUGUGUAAUGAAUGAGCUUAUCUUUGAGAAUGCUUGCAGAGCAGAGCAAAGGCUGGGUAUAAUGUUCAUAUAUAUGUGUAUAUUUAUAUGUGAACAUUAUAGAAUAUACACACAUAUAAAUUAUACACACAUAAUGUAUAAUGGUGCUGUUAAUGUUCAAAUUACUAUUUGAGUUGAACAGUGGGAGGGAGCAUUUUUCUUCACCAUUGAAAAAUUCACCACCACCCAGAAGCAUCUUGAAAUAUGUGACCAGCAUUUAGGCAUAACUUUGACAUUGAACUUAACAAGAUCAGAUCAACUUGUGGGCUAAAGAGGGUCAUCCAGUGAUCAAUGUGAAAGCACAGGUCCUGCUGCAAAGAUAGCAAGUUAGAAGUGUGUGUGGUGGGUUUGGACAUUCAGGUCCCUGGAAGGUACAUUCAGUGCAAAGGUAUAUGGGGUGGGGGGAGGGAGAUCAAGUGGGGAGGCGGGUGGGAGAGUGGGAGGGAUAGGGAAAAAUGUGUUGUGUGAAGCUAACAAUGCACACAACUCCUAUAAUUUUCUUAUUGUCAUUAUUUGUGUGGAGAAAGAAUGACUUUUGCUUUUCAAAAUAUUUUGUAGUUACUAUAAAAAGAUGGGCAUGCAAAUACUGAAUACUGGUGACUUUAUUUGCUAUUGCUAAAGAGAUUCUGAAGAAAUGUUUAAAGAAUGAAGCACUGUCAUUUUAAGAUUUAUUUUUAAUGCUGUAGUGUAAAAUUUAAAGUUCAAUUCCCUCUGUACAGUGAGCUUUUUGAUUGAGCAUACUAUAGAGCGCAAUAUAGACUUUUUGACAAUGAAAGGAAAAUGUGGACAUAGUUUUGAGCUCAACUCCACACCUGUCAACAAGUACCAAGAAUUUGUUCAUGUUUAUUUGUAUUCUUUGCACCAAAUGCUGCUUCCACCUAGAAAUGUGAUUAAGUAUUAAAAAAAAAAACUUGA